UGUUUUUCACGAUUUUCUCGCAUUUUCCGGGCGCUUUGUCCAUCCGGGUGUGGUUUUCGGGACGUAGGAAGCGCCCCCGCGUCGUUUGGCAUCAAAAUCGCGGAAAAAUCAAAUUUAUUUAAUUUCAAAAACUUCCCAGAGUGUAAAAAGCCAAAAAACGGUAGUCUAAAUUCAGGGGCAGCAUUCCCUCUCGCUCCCACCCUCGGUCCCUCUCACUCGCACAUCGUUCACUCAGUCAGCACAUGCCGUAUGUGUAUGUGACAGGUGCAGUGCAAGUCGAUUUCGCCGACGAUUUUUUAAUUUUUAAUUAAAAAAAAACCAAAAAAUCUUUUUUUUUUCUAUUUUGAGCAUUUUUGAGCCUUGUGGACUGUUCCGGGAGGAUGUCAUGCUUUGCAAAAAAUCCCUCAGACUUCACCCUUUCCAUCCCUAAUAUCGUGGAGAAGGACGGUGUGACGUUGUAUGAGAUUGAAGUGAAAAUUGGGGAUGUUUCCUGGCGGCUGUUUCGACGCUACCGGGAGUUCCAGGAGCUGCAUGAGAAGCUCGUGUCCGAGAGGAGUGUUGCCAAGGAUCUCCUACCACCAAAAAAGGUGAUUGGGAAUAGGAAUCCUGCAUUUGUGGAGAAGAGGAAGGCCGGACUGGAGAAGUACCUCCGGGAGGUGCUGAUUUAUCUGCAGCUGACAAUGCCGAGGGAAUUUGUGGAGUUUCUGCACCUGCACGAAUACGACAUAAUCUACCUGCUUCACACAAUGGCAGAGAAGUUCUACCUCGAUGGUGACUCAGUCCUCAAUAAUUCCAAGAGUCACACAUUCUCGGUGCUCGAGCUCUUUGCCAUCAGUGAGAGGCUCAAGCUUCCGUCGGAGGCAACAGAGAAGAAGUUUGACUUCUCCCACGUUCUGGAUUUCUGUUCGCAACUCGAAAAGAUUGCUGUGGUGGCGAAGAAGGUGGAAAAUACGCUUGAGGGCAAGGGCAGGGAAGAUCUCCCGCUGGGCACGAGUAACAUCAUCCCGAGGAGACUCAAAUUUGAUCUGAUUGCAUUCAAAAUGCUCCAGGAACUGCAGCUGAUCGGCAUCAGUCCGGCGAAUGUGUCAAAUGCAGCUGGAAUCCGGGAUACCCUCAGAGUCCUGCACGUUCAUCUCACGGAUGUAAGGAAGAUCAGUGACAUCCUCCUCUGUGAUGACAUUCACAAAACGGCUGUGAUUGAUCCGGAAAAGGUGUGGAAAAACGUUGAAAUGGCCAAUUUUGCUGACAAUAAAAUCACAUCAAUUGACGAGUCCAUAAAACUCCUGCCGAAAAUCUCAACUCUAAUCCUGGACAGGAAUGAAUUGACGUCCGUGCAGAAUCUCAGCGCAAUGCCCUGCCUAAGUGCUCUCAGUCUAACUGAGAACAAACUCUCCACAUGCCCGGAUUGGCAUCUGCAGCUGGGAAACCUCGUGACGUUAAUCCUUUCGCAGAAUUUCAUUCAGAGCCUCGUGGGCUUCCGGAAGAUGUACUCCUUGGUCAACUUGGAUGUGAGUUGCAAUCAAAUCAACGACAUAGCCGAAGUGGAUCAUCUGGCAAAUCUUCCCUGCCUGGAGAAUAUCAAAUUAACGGGAAAUCCCGUGGCUGGGAGUGUGGACUACCGAUCGAAAGUUCUCUCGAGAUUCGUCGAGAGGAUCUCCGAGAUGUGCCUGGACAAUGAGAAGGCGUCCCAGAAGGAAGUUGAUACCGCACUAGUAUUGGCAGCACUGAAGCUCUCACAGGAUAAAAUUGACAGCCCCAAAAGGGUGUCCUCGGCCCUAGGACUCCUACGGUGAUCUACUACCCCAAGGUAUUUAUGCAUGAGAUUUUUACUCAAAAAUUUAUGUAAAGAAAAUUAAAUCAUUUAUUAAGAGAAAAAAAAUAUACAAAUUACGAGGAAAAAG